AUGCAUACACCUUCAUGUCACGUAAUUUUAGCCGUACCUACUGAUGCACCAGCUUUGGUUGUUGGCGGUUUAAUCGUUGUUAAUUUAUCUUAUGCGAAUCUCUCAUAUUUGGCGACAAUGAAUAUUCGAAGUGACUUUAACGAUGAAAAAACAGUACAAACUCUCUUCGAUGAAUUUAAGAAGCUUAUUGAACAGCAACAAACCAUAGCAUUUUGUGAUAUUUUAAGGCGUAGUCAAUUACGAGUUCGAAUGCCAUUCUUUUUAACCAGAAAAACUUAUUCAAUUUUUAAAAUUGUUGGAUAUGCGGAAAAUAUUGUUUUUGCUUGUUCGCAUUACAUUUCACAUUUAGAGAAGAGAAGUACGGUGCUUCCGACGCUGUUCGACAUUACGGACGAGCAUGACAUAUCGACGAUCUUCGAUUUCGAUUCGCUUAUCACUGGCGAAGACAGGAGUAAUGCGCUUAAAAAUAUCAGCCAAUUGAAUGGUUUUAACGGUGCAUUAGCUGUAAGUAAAGACCGAGAAACAAUGGGUUAUGCGAUUUCAGUGCCAGCGCUUCGCUCAGAUCAUAUAAAAAUAGGCCCACUAUAUGCAAUAAAUAGGCGUAUUGCUUUGCUCUUAUUGAGGCAACUUUGCAAAGCAGUUAAGCCGGAAAGUUUGAUUUCAUUAAAUAUUUCAUCUUUAAAUGAUUCACUUUAUGAAUUUCUUCAUAACCGAGCAAUCUGUGAAAUUGAGCGAACUUUCGAUCGUUAUCAUAAUAAAAUAUUGCAAACUGACGAUCAUCGACGAAUAUUUGCGAUAUCUGCGUUUUUAACAAUGCCUGAUUACUAA